AGUACUCCAAACAUUUAUUUUACAUUAUUGUUAUGUAGAAAGAGUUGCAACCCAUUUAUGUUCCAGUAAACACUAUACAACAAAAACAGAUUUUAAUGAUAUACAAAGUAAAUUAUUGUGUUCAUGUUUACAAUAUUUCUUCACCUACUUUAAUGACGUUUAUCUUGUAAUGUUCCCACUGGAAACUAUAAAAAUGGGAAAUCUUGUGUAAACAAACUGCACUUGGAUCGCUUAGAAUUUUACUUUUGGUUUGUAUAUGUAGUACGAUCAUUCUGAUAAAAAGAAAUAUUUCCAAAAGGAUGUGCAGUAACUGAAAUAGUCUUUAUAAUGUCGCAAUUUUUUUUUUCGCACUUUACAAUGUUUUUAACAGUAAUUUUUAACUGCCGACUGGUUGCUCAACAAAGUAUUAAAUUGGAUGAUUUUAUCGGUGGCAACUUAACAAACAACAAAUUUGAUACUAAUGAUGCAGCUGUUGACACUCAGUACGCUUCGUGUAAAAUUAUUACGGAUCGCAUUGUAGCCACCGCCGAAGGGAAAUUUUCUAGGUUCUGUCAUGGAAUCUGUAAUAUCAACGAAACCAAUAGUAAACUCAGUCAAAUUGAAUCAUUGCUAUCAAACAAUUUUGAUGAAAUAAAACAACGAAUAUUACUAAUAGAAAAAUAUUUUUCUAAUGGCAAUCAUUAUAUCAACUUAAACAAACAUUCUUUGGCGGAGAAUUCGUGUGAUCAUAGAAGACAAUUGGAAGUUGAUAAAUACAACAGCACCGUUUUCUUAGAUAACCAAAAACAAAGAACUUUCGUUUAUUAUUGGAAGGUACGACAUUUUUGGAGAAUAGUUUUCGUUGAUUCGUUUGCACAUAGCCCACCGUUUUAUAUUUCUACACGUAGUUAUCGUCUACAAUUAAGCAUCGAGUCUAAUGUAACAGCUCACACGAUUCUUGUAACUGCCGCACUAGUUCAGGGUGAGUACAACGCUAACUUGACAUGGCCUUUUAGUACCCGUUUACGACUUAGCGUACUUGACCAGACAGACGUUCGACCAGAAGAUAUUGUAUCCUAUGAAAGAUACGACACUGGAGUCUAUGAUCAACCUAAAGGAGAUGAGAGAAAAACCAUCUGUUCAUCAAUAGAAUUUCAUCGUGACGUUCUAGCUUAUCGCCAAUACGUUGUUGAUGAUAACUUGCUGGUCAAACUCACGGUGUUUUCAUAAUUAUAGAGUUCGCUUCAAUGACGAGAAAAACCCAUUAUCAGUAUUUUAAAUUUAGAAUAAGAUUAGUACAUUAAAAUAAUUAUUUUUGUGUGUCAACAUUUUUAAAAAUUUAAUGAAAGUCAGCUACAAAUUUAAAUUCAGGUAAAUUAUAAUUCACUAAACAUAAAUCAUUCAAUUACUCGAAAAAUAAAAAUAAUAUUGAGAAUUUAUUUAUCACUUUUU